CGCUUGACGGUAGAGGUCUCUGGGCUGGCCCGGCCGGUGCGGGGGUCGAGCUGGGGGGGUUCGGCAGCAUGAAGCAGAAGAGGAAAGGAGACCUCAGCCAUGCAGAGCUGAUGAUGAUGACAAUAGCUGACAUCAUAAAGCAAUUAAUUGAGGCUCAUGAGCAGGGGAAAGAUGUGAAUCUGAACAAGCUGAAAACCAAGACAUCAGCAAAAUAUGGACUUUCAGCACAGCCACGUCUGGUUGACAUCAUUGCUGCUGUCCCACCACAGUACCGCAAGGUGCUGGUGCCAAAGCUGAAGGCCAAGCCUAUAAGAACUGCUAGUGGGAUUGCUGUUGUGGCUGUGAUGUGUAAACCACACAGGUGUCCACACAUCAACUUUACAGGCAAUAUAUGUGUAUACUGCCCCGGUGGACCUGAUUCUGAUUUUGAGUAUUCAACACAGUCUUACACUGGAUAUGAGCCAACGUCCAUGAGGGCGAUUCGGGCUAGAUAUGACCCCUAUCUCCAAACGAGACAUAGAGUGGAACAGCUGAAGCAGUUGGGGCACAGUGUGGAUAAAGUAGAGUUCAUUGUGAUGGGUGGAACAUUCAUGGCCCUACCUGAGGACUACAGAGAUUACUUCAUCCGAAACCUUCAUGAUGCCUUAUCAGGUCACACUUCCAAUAAUGUGGCAGAGGCUGUCAGGUACUCGGAACGAAGCCUGACAAAAUGCAUUGGGAUAACAAUAGAGACCAGACCAGAUUACUGCCUGAAGCGGCAUCUAAGUGACAUGUUAUCCUACGGCUGCACAAGGCUGGAGAUCGGAGUGCAGAGCGUGUACGAAGACGUGGCCAGGGACACCAACAGAGGCCACACUGUGAAGGCUGUGUGUGAGUCUUUUCACUUAGCCAAGGAUGCUGGGUUCAAAGUGGUGGCCCACAUGAUGCCUGAUCUACCAAACAUGGGGCUUGAAAGAGACAUGGACCAGUUUGUUGAGUUUUUUGAGAAUCCUGCUUUUCGCCCAGACGGCAUGAAGCUCUAUCCGACCCUAGUGAUCCGUGGCACUGGUCUGUAUGAGCUCUGGAAGACUGGAAGAUACAAGAGCUACCCCCCCAGCACUCUUGUGGACCUUGUGGCCAGAAUCCUGGCUCUUGUCCCACCGUGGACACGUGUGUACCGUGUUCAGAGAGAUAUCCCAAUGCCACUAGUCAGCUCUGGAGUGGAGCACGGAAACUUGAGAGAACUUGCUUUGGCCAGGAUGAAAGAUCUUGGGACACAGUGUCGUGAUGUAAGGACCAGAGAGGUUGGCAUCCAAGAAAUCCACCAUAAAGUGAGACCAUAUCAGAUUGAAUUAGUUAGAAGAGAUUAUGUGGCUAAUGGUGGCUGGGAGACUUUCCUGUCCUAUGAAGAUCCAGAGCAGGAUAUUCUUGUUGGCCUUCUACGACUGCGGAAGUGUUCAGAGGAGUCAUUCAGACCUGAGCUGAAAGGAGGUGUUUCCAUUGUCCGGGAAUUGCAUGUGUAUGGGAGUGUGGUCCCUGUGAGCAGUCGCGAUCCUUCAAAAUUUCAGCACCAGGGAUUUGGUAUGUUACUAAUGGAAGAGGCAGAAAGAAUAGCCAAGGAGGAGCACGGGUCAUGGAAAAUUGCUGUAAUUUCAGGUGUUGGCACAAGGAACUACUACAGGAAGAUUGGCUAUGAGCUGGAAGGGCCUUACAUGGUGAAAAGACUAGACUGACGCCUCAGGAGGUUGUUCCUUACCCCGACCAGCUACUGGAGGGGAGACAAGACUCAUCCCAGAAGGAAAGCUCAAGGUGACAAGCAUAAACUAAAAACCAAAGCCUGCUGACUGCGAAGGAGCUGCUUGUGCCAGAGCCCACAGCAGCAAGUGGGGCAUCUCCUCUGGGCUGAGCAGUUCUCCUGAGAUCUGCCUGUUGGCCCAGGAGAGGUCCAUAUACACCUACCCCAUCUCCAAGGUGGGCUCUGGUAGAGGACUGAAGUGUAGGUGAACUAAAAACAUCAUUUCUGUGACACUGUCAGGGGCCUUUUAAUGUUUCACCAUUGAAAUUCUGUGGGUUGUUCUGCCACAUUAAUUUGUUCUUUCUCUGUGCCUGUUUUAUUUUUUCUGUCCAUCCCAAGCGCUGCUGUUUGACUCUUUUACUGUAGGAGACCAUGAGGAUUGGAAGCCAUUACCUUGCAGGUGGUAGGAACUGAGAUUAAAACUUAAACUGAAUCUCUACAAGGAUGCACGACCAUGGAGUAAGUGAGGUUGAAAGGGACCUAAUGAGAACUCUAGUCCAACCCCACUCAAAGCAGGUCCAAUUACAUCAGUAUGUACUGGGUGAAGAUACUCAGUGGAUGUGGAUGGAGAGUCCACAGUGUCAUAACCAUCCUCAUGGGCUCUGGCUUUUUAGUGUGUGUUUCCAGUACCCGCUCUGCCACUUCUCCAGUCCAUAUUCCAUGGAUUUGGGCAUGAGUAUGUCAUGUGGCAGCAGCAUCAGAGGCCUUGGACAAGGUCAUGGUGUACAACAUCCACACCCCUCCCUUGCCCACAUUGCUGUUACCUCCCCGCAGCCUUCUGUAGGGUUGAUCAGGCACCAUCUGGCUACAGGGGAUCCCUCCUGGCUGUUCCCAGCUCUCCCCCCCUCUGUCCCCAUCCCACUGCAGCAAAGGGCUUUGGAGAGGGUUUGGUCCCUGUCUGUCCCACCAUGGAGGUGGGGACUGACUUCCCCGUAAGCUCAUCAAGAUCCUCCUUCUGGUCCUCCUUGGAGAUGGAUGUGAUGGUUGCCUUUUCCAGGCAUGGGGAAUUCUAUCAGGAAUGAUAGAAUUAAAGCUUCUUUUUGCAAACGGAGUGAGAUGGGCAAUGAGGGGGAGCUGUGACCCUGAGCAAAGAGCAAAGCACCUUCCUCCCCUCUCCCCACUCCUGUGGGGGUAACACAGGGCAGGUGGGUGUCCUUUGGUGUCAGUGAUUUGGGGUUUGCAAGAGCACCGUGUGCCUGGUGCUGCAGCUUGGCUUCUCAAAAUCAGAAGGGAGUGGCUGGAGCUCUGACCUCCCCUGCUGCUUUUUCAUAGCAUUUCAAUCAAAAACGGGUUUGAAAUCCAGCCUAGCAGCUCAUAGAGAUGUUGACAUUUCAGGUGUGACUCUAACAAAUUACUUGUGUCAGAAGCUUUCUGGAAACUUCGCCAAUAACACGGGCUUGGACACACAUGAUUGACUGGGAGGAGGAGCAGCUCCAGGAGUCACAGAGUCAGAGUGGUUGGGGUUGGAAGUGAUCUCUGGAGAUCCUCUAGUCCAAACCCUCUGCUAGAGCGGGGUGACCUGCAGUGGAUCGCACAGGAACAGGUCCAGAGGGGUUCUGAAUGUCUCCAGAGAUGGAGACUCCACAACCUCUCUGGGCAGCCUGUUCCAGUGCUCUGUUACUCGCACAGGAGAGAAGUUUUUCCUUAUGUUGAAGGAAAGCAUCAAUGUGAUUCCACCACCAUGAUCUGUCCCUGCUCCCACGGGGGGUCAGUGGCCAGAACCGCGCUGGCGCCGGCAGACGCACUCGGAAAAAGCGCAUCCUUGUGGGAGAGAACGCAAACAUCUGGCAACAAAAUGCUUCUUGUUGAAGGCAGAUGCUGGUGCCCUGUGUUUUAAGGGCUGGGGAGUGAAAAACCACAGAGCAGCUUGUAGGUACCUAAACCCCAAGAUUGUUUGAGCCUUCUGCCCUGUACAGAGAGUUUGAUGUAAAGGCAGGAGACAGAGGCUGUUGCUUCCUGAUUUGUUGAACUGGUUGUUUUCAUCUGCCAAGACGCUGGUAAAUGGAGCACAUUAAGCUUCUGCCACCAUAAAAGCAGGGGAGAUGGAAAGGGAUGCUUUGAGAGGGGAUGCAAUUGCUGUGCAAAACUCUUAAAAUUUUCUGCAAAAUUUGUUGUUCUGGUACCACUGACAUAAUUAUGAAUCACUCUGAUGCGUCCAGCUCUGACAGCCCAGGGUUUUUUUCAGGUACUGGCCAGAGAAGCUCACGCUCCCCUGCAUCUGAAAGCGCAGCCCUCGGGCAAAGCUGGGGAAGAUCAGAUAGGUUUGUUUGGUUUUUUUAAAAGGCCAAUGUGCUUCGAGUUUACAAGCAGCUUUAUAAAGAAAUACAGCGAUUUGCGGGGGGAGAGAAUAUAUUAUUUUUAGCUUCCCAUUUGUGUGUUCUUUCUGGGGCGAUUUCAUGCUGCACUGACUCAGCUCCUGCAAAACUCUCCGGGCUUGUCUGCACAGGCUUGGGUUUGUUUUGAAGUGUGAUGGAUUGAUUUGUCCAUUUGAUAUAAAUGCAGCCAAAUGAA